AUGAAUCCUGACCAUAAAAUAUACGAACACUUUGAUAUAAAUUUGAAUAACAAUAAUACAAUCGAAAAUAAAGUAGAAUUUUCAAGUAUUAAAUCAUUGCAUCGUCAAGUAACAUGGGAUAUUAGUUUAAUGCUGAGAAAUCUACAACAGUCCAAGUAUCAUUUGAUCACUUUAGUCAUAAUGACUCUAGAAAAUCAGGAAAAUGAUACCCCAAAUGAUGGUUCUAAUUCAGAUGAUGUCGACUUUUCUGAUCAACUGAUAUCUUAUGCUGCUGAUACAAAUGAUGACGGAACAACUCAGAAUGUACCAACUGAUGGCUAUAAUGAACUUGACCAAGUUUUCAAAAUUGCAAAUAUCAGUAAUGAUGAAGAUGGUGGUGAUAAUGAUAAUAUCGAAGUGUUCGAUGGUGGAAGUGAACUCUUUUUCAUUCAAAAGAGUAACUUAAGAUUACCUAGAAUUUUAAAUAUCGAUGAUGAUAUACUCCACCAAAACACACAAAUAAUACUGAACACGAAAACAGCAGAAAUUAUGCAAUUAGAAAGAAAUUAUUUACCUAAAAAGCGUUUGGCACCUCGAUCGUUCUUGGGUGAAUCAGUAAAAUAUAGUAGUCAGCCACAGUCAUGUCCAAGUUUUUUAGAUCGAAAUCAUCGUGAAACUAAGUGUUGCUUAUUUCGGUAUACACUGAAUAAGUUACAAAUGGAUCAAAAUGACAAACUACGGUUUAUUAUAUUUCCUCAUCACUUACCGAUGAAACAUGUGUCAUGGAAGAUGUAUCGGACUCUACAUGCCAACUGA